AUGGAGAAAUUAGGCAAUCUUUUUGAAUUCUUUGUCACUGCUGGGAUCAAGACUAAUGAUCAAGGUAAUCAUAAGUCAUCAACCUAUCUAUAGAUGUGAUUCUGUAAUCAUGCACUACUUCAAAUAAGAAGGAUCUUGCCAUACUAACGAUAUUCCCAAAUCCAGUGGAACGAAAGAUGAACCAUGUUUUAGCAGAUAUCGCCUUGGUAAGUUGAUGUGAAUUAUAAUCAUUUAGUGGUGCUUCCCCUUGGGAGUGAAGACCAUCAAAGAGGGCGACAACAGAUUUAAUAAAAUAGAAGAAUAUUUCAAAGAGGAUGACAUUCAGGCAUCCACAAACGAGAUCAAUUACUUUGUUAUCAAUGAUUUUAAAUAGCACAUCAAGUUUUACUGCACUUCAGCUUGCUUCUACGAAAAGAUGUUCUUGUUAAUGCCCCCCAAUGACAAACUGAUGUAGGUCUUUGUGCCUAAGGCUUUCUGUGUCAUAUCUCGAUACCCUGCCUUCAUCACUCAAAGGAGUUUUUUGCUGCAAUUGCUCAAAAUCCAGAAGCUGCGUCUCUCACAAAACAGGGAAAGAGAUAAAAUAAUUACUAUCAAAAGAGGACAACAGGAAUAUUAAAUUGAAGAAAUCAAACUCUAUGACUUUUAUAUUCGAACAGCACUUACUUAAUGUCCUAUCGUAUAGGAUAAGUAUUUGUAUUUCAAUAAAUAGCAAGCGUAGAGUAUAGGUUAAAGUUCAGCAGUUCUGAGAUCUGGAUGAACUACUAUGUCUCCAACUCACAUUUAACAACUCACUUUUCUAUUUUUAAGCUGUCAAACAACCUCUUCGAUGUUCUGAUCUUCAACUAACCCAUCUUUAACUUAUACAAGUUACUUUUAUACAUGAUGCUUGAGUAUCAGAUUAUAAUAGUGUCUCGUAAACCAGCAGGCAUCACAUUAUUUUGUCAAUCCUUAGUGGAAUUGCUUGCUCCAUUGCAAUGGCGUGGUCUCUUUAUUCCAUUUCUGAGACCUGGAUCAUUUGAUUUUCAUAAAUCCCAACUACCCUACAUCAUUGGUUUGGAUAGAAAUCUCUAUGAAAUAGUAAGUAAACUCAUCUAAAUUAGUCUGAAAAACCAUUGCCCAAAGAACUAAAACGAGUUAUUUAUGAUAUUGACGAUGGACGCAUUCUUUCAAGAUCAGAUGAUCCCAAAUGUCCUAAAUAAUAUCAAAAUUACUUCAUUCGAAAAAUGAAUACUGUUUUUGCAGAACUUAAAUUCUAUGAGAAUGUAAGAAUAAUGAAGUAUCAUAUAGGAAAUCUUUGAAGAAGGCAUUAUGAAAUAUCGAUAAGCAUUCUACAAUUUCAAGUUACUAAUGUUAAAUGACAUCUAUAAGUACUUCAGUACUGAUACAUCAAACUAGAAAUCAGAGAAAAAGAUUGUUAUGUUUGAUUAUAAGAAAUUUCUUAAUUCUUUUGAAAGUUAGGAUCAACUCUUUUUCUUGCAAUUUCUUAAAACCUUAUCAUUUCAAUAAUUUGUAAAGGAUCUCUAUAAGGUUAUGGAAUAUAGAGAAGAAUUCAUUAAAAACAACAUCCAAAAUGUAGAGUACUAUUUCAGUAGUGUGCUGCAAUUCUUUGACGAUGUAAGAUUUCUCAGUAUACGUUUUGGAGAAUAAACCCUUGAUGACAAGUUAGUCAUUUUAGAAAAUUUGCAGAAUAAUUAUAUCAAAGCAGUUCUUGAAAGGAAAAAUGAAUCCAGUAAUUAUAAAGUAGUAGAAAUGAAAACAACUGAUUUCAUUCCUGAAUAUUUGGAGCAUCUUAAAAAUAGCAGUCUCAAUCUUAGUAUGGAAAUGCAAGCCUUAGCCAAAUUCAUUUAGACAGCUCCCCAAUAGGAAGAAAUUGUUGUUGAAUAAUAAUAAAGAAUAGUUUAACAAGGUGGACCAGACAUGCAUCAAUCGGAAGAACAAGAUAACAUCUCCUAAGAAUCCUCUAAGAUUCAGUCAGAUAAAUCAGAUCAACAUAGUUAAUUUCACCAUUCAUUACCUCCAUAAGAAAAGGUUAAUUGGGAAUUGCAAACUAUAGCUGUAAGCAAUGCUUCGGAAUAUAGAAAAUAAUAUUAAAUUAAACAUCUAAAUCUAAUUAGUAAAAGGAAUACUUUUAGAAAAAAGAAUUUACUAGAAAAUGAAGAGGAAGAAGAACAAAUGCAAUUGAAUCAAAACACAAAUACGAACAACUUCAUUGUGACCAAUAUUGCAGAUAAAAAUAUGCUGAGUCUGCCUGUCAAAGAUAAUUAAUCAAUGGCAGCUAGAUCCUAUUUUAACAAGAGUAUGGUUCCUUUAAUUGGAGAUUACGGAAAUGCUGAGAUUAUGGUACCUAAUUAAGAUAACAUGAUUUGA